AUGCCAGCCGUCCUUCUGUUCCUCCCGCUGUCCCAGGAUCCAAUCUCCUGUGAGGUCAGAGGUGUGCGGGCCGGGGGCUGCAGCCACGGACCAUGCUGGGACACAGGGGCAGGGUGGCAGCUCUAUGGGACGGGAGGCAGGAUGAGCGCGCCGUGGGGAUCUGAGUGGUUUUAUGCUCCUGCCGCUUCUCAUCUCGGCUCGUGGGCAUCUUCAAACCACCAGGCACGCACAUCAGAUGGAAAACUAAGUAGAGAUGAAUGGGGCGGUAAUGGCAUUCUCCAUGACAACGGCGCGGUGCAGAGGAGCCCACUCAGCCCGGGCCUGGCAACACGAGCUGUAGCCACCGGCGCUCCUGGCUCCCUGGGCCUCAGUGCUCCUCCAAGGCCAGGACUGGAUCAAUACAUGGUGCUAUGA